AUGACUUCACAUAUCCCAUCUUCGUCUCACGUCCCCAGCAAGGCCGGCACGGGAGGUUACUCUUAUGCAACCCUCGACCCAGCCCCAGUCGGCAUCUCUUUCGAGUUCUUCGCCUUCCCAUCCUACUUCACCAAUGUGACGGCCACGAAUCAGUGCCUCUCGAACUGGAAAGACCUGACUGGAGUGUGGCCCCCGAUCCGAAUUGGCGGCACCACCCAGGAUCGGGCAUCCUUCGACGCCUCCAGCUCGGCCUACGUCGUGUACUCGGUGCCCAGCCCUGCCGACGCCCCCUCGACCCUGACGUUCGGGCCAAAGUUCAUGACGCUCGCAGGGACGUAUCCUGGGAGCGUCGUGGUCGGUCUGAACAGGGGCAAGAACAACAUCGACAACACCAUCGCAGCCGCCAAAGUGGCCGUGACCGAAGUCAAGAACCUUCUGGCCAUUGAGCUCGGCAAUGAGCCGGAGUACUACAAGAACGACGGACAGCCCAUCGCCGCGGGGACCUGGACGCCGGCCACAGACGCAGCCUCCCAAAUCAGCUGGAACAUCCGCGUCGGCCGCGCGCUUGGCAAGACCAACAUCAUCCAGGCGGGCAACUGGAACGAUGCGCCGCCGAAGUGGGGAGCCGCGGAGCUGAUCGCUCAGGAAAACGCGACGGCAGAGCAGUACGUGAGGCACUACGCACACCACAACUACCCCGGCGGCACGGUGCAGAAGCUGCAAUCGCACGCGCAGAUCGCCAGCAACAUCCACACGCUGUUCGACGCCGACGUCGCGGCCGCGAGGGCAGUCGGCAAAGAAUACGUCCUAGGCGAGACCAACUCAGUCUCGGGCGGCGGCGCCGCCUCUGUCUCGCCGACCUUCGGCGCGGCGCUAUGGACACUCGACUACACGCUGCGCGCGGUCUCGUCCAACAUCUCGCGCGUCUACUUCCACCACGGCACGGUAGGCAACUGCCAGUACUGCUUCUGGGGCCGGUACAGCAUGGGGGCGCCGUACCACGGGGCGACGGCGGCGGUGGCGCUGCUGGCGGGGGCGCGGACGGUGGCGGCGCUCGACGCGGGCUCGACCGCCACCAACUACGCGGCGUACGCGAGCUUCGACGCGCAGGGCCGGCCGCUGCGCGCGCUGCUGUACAAUUCGGAUUACUAUGCCGGCAGCGGCGCCCGGAGCAGUCAGCGGUUUACGCUGACGGGGUUGGGGGCUGUCCUGGGAGGAGGAGGAGGAGGUUCGGUGCGCGCCAAGAGAUUGACCGCUAGCAGCGCCCUCGCGAGGGUUGAUCGCGGGGAUCGGAUUCUGUUCGGCGGGCAGUACUGGGAGAAUGGGACGUGUCUGGUGGCGGGGGAGGAGACGUUCGAGACAGUGGACGUGGUGGACGGGCAGGCGACGUUUGACGUCAAGGCCACGGAGGCGCUGCUGGUCUAUCUGCAGUGA